CGCGUUGGGAGGAGCGGUGGUGGGAGGAGUGAAGGAGCGAGAGGGCAGUCGCACAGGACGUGGAACGGCCGUUGCCGUGGAACGUGUGCGCUGGACUCGGUUCGUUUCUCUUACAUUUAUUCGUUAUGACAAUACAGUGAUCCAGCGCUAAGCGCUGCGACCGUACGUUUUUACGACUCGUUCGGCUACGGCAGCAAGAACGAAGACGAGCCGAAAACGAGACGAAGAAGAACAACAACAACAACAACAACGACGACGACGACGACGACGACGACGACGACGACGACGAGGAAGACGCGAGAUGGAGACGCGUCGCGGCACGGUCUGACCGUGGCAGCCUGUUUCCGUCCUUCUCUCGUUCCUUCGUACCUUCGCUGGGGUCUUCCUCCUUCGUGAAUUUUAGUGUGUGCAUCAUGUGCCGCCGCCGUCACUGUACCUCUGUUGUCGCGUGUGUCCUUUUCCAGUGGAUUACCAUCCUCGAGUAGAAUCUCUCAUUUACUCUCCUUCUCCCUCCUUCUCUUUUGUGAAAAAUAAAAAGUUAUUACGAGGGGAAGGAAGAAAGUGUCUUUGCUCGAGGUUCGCCGGUACGCCCAUCUCUGUACGAUUGAGAAAGAGAAGGAGAAAGACGGAGAUAGAGCGAGUAAGCGAGAGAGAGAGAGAGAGAGAGAGAGAGCGAGAACGAGCGAUAGAGAGAGAGAGAGAGAGAGAGAGAGAAAAGAAAGAAAGAAAGAGGGAGAGAGAAGGAAUUUUCUUCUCUCCAUUAUUAGUGAUCGUUCCUUCUCCUCUUGUGUUCGGUGCGUCGCGGUGUAAGUACGACGACUCCGAGGACGAAGAUUAGGAAGGUGUUCUUCUCUUUCUCUCCAAUUCUUGUAUUUUUGUCUGGCUCUCGUGGUGCUGAGGCGAGAGAGAGAGAGAGAGAGAGACACACACAUAUACAUAGAGAGAAAGAAAGAGAGAGAGAGAGAGAGAAAGAGCAAGUUCGACGGUUUGGUGGGGUUGUGGGGUGGUGGUGGAAGGUGGAGUAGAGUCAGCGAGCGAGCGAGAAUAAAGAAAGAGCGAGAGAGAAAUAUAAGAAGCGAGAAGAGAGAGGGGACACGUCUGGUCCGAUUCCGUGCGUUCGAACGAGAGAGAUAACGCGAGGGAGCGCAAGUGGCGUAUCAAGAUGGCGCAUAAUUUGGCACCGAGCGUCAACUGCUCGCUCGACGACAUUGACCUGAACGCCCUGAAGGAACCCGCUGGGAUAUUCGAGCUGAUCGAAGUCGUCGGCAAUGGAACGUACGGGCAAGUUUACAAAGGUCGACACACCAAAACGGGUCAGUUGGCGGCCAUCAAGGUCAUGGACGUCACAGAGGAUGAAGAGGAAGAAAUCAAAUUGGAAAUAAACGUACUGAAGAGGUAUUCGAAUCAUAGAAACAUAGCUACGUACUACGGUGCCUUCGUGAAGAAGUCAUCACCAGGGAAGGACGAUCAGCUAUGGCUGGUUAUGGAAUACUGCGGAGCUGGCUCCGUCACAGACCUCGUCAAAUCGACGAAAGGUCAGAGCCUUAAGGAAGAAUGGAUCGCUUAUAUUUCGAGAGAAAUAUUAAGGGGUCUCAGUUAUCUUCACAGUAACAAAGUAAUCCACAGGGAUAUAAAAGGACAGAAUGUACUUCUGACCGACAAUGCCGAGGUCAAGCUUGUUGACUUUGGCGUUAGCGCGCAAUUGGACAGAACGAUAGGCAGAAGGAAUACGUUUAUAGGUACACCUUAUUGGAUGGCUCCAGAAGUUAUAGCUUGCGAUGAGAAUCCCGACGCUACUUACGACAAUAGAAGUGAUCUUUGGUCUCUCGGAAUUACCGCUUUGGAAAUGGCUGAAUCACAACCUCCACUUUGUGACCUACACCCGAUGAGAGCCUUGUUCUUGAUACCGCGUAAUCCACCGCCGAGACUGAAGUCCAAAAAAUGGGCGAAAAAGUUUCAUGGUUUUAUCGAAACUGUAUUGGUGAAGGACUAUCAUCAGAGGCCUUACACCGAACAAUUACUCAAGCAUCCAUUUAUUCGGGACCAACCGACGGAGAGACAAGUCAGAAUACAACUCAAAGAUCAUAUCGAUCGUUGUAAGAAACGCAAACAAGAGAAAGAAAGAGACGAUUAUCGAUACAGUGGUAGUGAAAACGAAGAAGACGAGCCGGCAUUGGCUGGCGAACCAUCCUCGAUAGUCCAAGCUCCCGGCGGUGAUACAUUAAGACGUAAUUUCCAGCAAAUUCAAGAAGGUCGAACGUUGACUCAAGAUGUAUCACCUCAAGCUCCAGCCGGUAAGGAAAAGCCAAAUCAAGGUAGAUCUCAGCGGGAAGUACCAGAACCAGGCCCGCCUGCGAGACCAGCCAUUCCACAUAGACUCAUCGUCGUGCCAGAUCCGCAACCGCCUUCACGACCUUUACCACCGACACCUAGGGAUGAUCCACGACAAUCCCACAAGGUCUCGACACCACCCUCCAAUCAUCAAGCACCUUCCGCUGGCGGUGGAGGUAGCGGGGGUUCUGGUGGUCAAGCUGCACCUCAAAGAAACAGUCACGUGUUUAAACCUAUGCUGCCGCCGAGGAGGCCAGAGGACUUGGACAUGCUGGCCGCUCAACUCAACGAGCUUGGUGUGUCACAGGGCCCCGAGGCCCCGCCUAGGCCCAACAGGCAACAUAAAGGCCCUCCAGCGACGUCAACCUCGAAUUCGGUCCAGCCAGCGAGCGCUAACGAUCAGAACAACAAACAGAUGCAGCAAUCCUCCAGUAUUCUCGAUCAAGCACUGUCGAUCGAGAGUGACAGCGACGACGAUCUCGAAGAUGCUGGUAGUAACAAUUUGAGGAACGAUGGUACACUUCUUGCUAGCGAUCCGCCUAAGCCUCUUCCCGAAUUUUCUCCUUUCAGGCCAUCAUCGGAUUCGUCGUCGUCGUCCUCGCACAACGCUCAGAAUUCGCAUCAUGAAGGUAAGCCAAAAGGUGGAGCACCCAAUCGACCAUUGCCACCGACGCCAGAUGAGGAAGAAUCCGGAGAUCGUACACUAGUCAUGAAACGAAAACUUAGUCAGACAUCAGACGAUCGUGCAACGGCUAGCGACAACCGCCGCUCAGAGAUAGACGAGCAGCUCCUUCUGAAGGAGUGGGACUUCACCCGCUUCUUUCAGGGUUUUAACGAAAGGUUGGAUAAAAUGAAACAGGAGCACCAGCAAGAAGCGGCGGUCGGUACGAGCAAGUCUGGCAGCGAGGAUCGUUCCUCUUCUUCCGGCGAAAGAACCCUUAAGAGGCAGGAGCAGUUAGCACGUAGGAAAUACGAGCAACAACAGCAGCAGCAGCAGCAGCAGCAGCAGCAGCAACAACAACAGCAUCAUCAUCAGCACCAUCUUCAUCAGCAGCACCAGCAGCAGCAACAUCAAAAGCAACAACACCAACAGCAGCACCACCAGCAGCAGCAGCAGCUUAAGGCGGUUCACAGACGACAAGAGAGCGACUCGAAGCUCGGUAACACCUCGAGCGCAUUCGCCCGUGCAUUCCGCCGCGAAAAUUCGGAUUUCUUUCCGUCAACGAGGCACUCCGCUUAUCUACAAAAGUCGGAUUCCUCGAGAUCGAGCAUAUUCGCGAGUGGUAAUCGACGCGGCAGCGAGAUAAGCGUCGCAGGUAUAGUCGGUAAAAAGGGCAAUGCUCUUAAUACCGGCGAGCCCGUCCUCACGGACUUUUCGUUUGGACGCGAUGGGCCCCAGAGGCCAAGGAGAGAAAAGACAGAGAGCGAAAUUGUCUUUGGUAACAGGCACGAGGCGAGGAGACUCGACUUCGGACGCAAUAAAGACGAUACCACAAGGAGACGCAGUUGUAGACCUUCCGAUGCGGCCCUGGCCGCGCCAGAUGACGCGGGAACGAUUAAAUCCACGGCCAGUACAACGGCUAGCGAGUACAGCCCUGUUGUCACCCAGAAUCGAGAAGGUGGUGAUCGACCAAGGGGAGGCGGAGGUGGUGGCGGUGAAUUUCAAAGGUCAGACUCGUCGCCUGGUUCAAGGCCAAGCUCGGUUUUACCGGACCUUUUGACUUCAUCGCCGGGUCAACGUCAGGACAAGUCGACAAGCGAGGAGUAUCGACAAGCGGUUAAAUCACCACCCCCGUUUGCACUUCAACAGAAACAGAGAUCAUUCCUGACAUUUGGAUUCGGUGCUGGACCGGCGAGGAGAGAAUCCCACGUAAACGUUAACGUGACACCUACGAGUCACGAUUUGGCCUCCGAUACGCCUGAAAUACGAAAAUACAAAAAGCGUUUCAAUAGCGAGAUUUUAUGUGCCGCAUUAUGGGGGGUGAAUCUGUUGAUCGGUACGGAGAACGGGCUGAUGCUGCUCGAUAGGAGCGGACAAGGGAAGGUUUAUCAGCUGAUCAGUAGGAGACGUUUUCAACAAAUGGAAGUACUCGAGGGACAAAAUAUUUUGGUUACCAUAAGCGGUAAGAAGAAUCGUGUGAGGGUCUAUUAUCUCUCCUGGCUGAAGAGUAAGAUUUUACGUACCGACGGCCAUAGCGAUCAAGUCGAGCGGCGCAAUGGUUGGAUAAACGUCGGUGAUCUCCAAGGAGCAGUGCAUUUCAAAAUAGUCAAGUAUGAAAGAAUAAAGUUCCUUGUCAUCGCGUUAAAGGACUCGAUAGAGAUCUAUGCUUGGGCACCAAAGCCCUAUCAUAAAUUCAUGGCUUUCAAAUCGUUCGGAGAACUAGCCCACAGGCCGCUUCUCGUUGACCUAACCGUCGAGGAAGGAACGAGAUUGAAAGUUAUUUAUGGAAGCGCCGAUGGAUUUCACGCUGUCGAUUUGGAUUCGGCUACGGUUUACGAUAUCUAUCUACCGAAGCACACUCAGGGACCGAUUUGUCCGCACUGCAUCGUCGCCUUGCCGAACAGUAACGGCAUGCAACUUUUAUUGUGCUACGACAACGAGGGCGUUUACGUGAAUACCUAUGGCAGAGUAUCCAAGACGAUGGUCCUUCAAUGGGGCGAAAUGCCUACGAGCGUCGCUUACAUCGGCACGGGCCAAAUCAUGGGAUGGGGCAACAAGGCGAUCGAGAUUAGAAGCGUCGAAAGCGGCCAUCUCGAUGGCGUUUUUAUGCACAAGAAAGCUCAACGGCUCAAGUUCCUUUGUGAACGCAACGAUAAGGUCUUCUUCUCGUCAGCGAAGGGUGGAAGUUCGUGCCAGAUUUACUUCAUGACGUUAAACAAACCCGGCAUGGCUAACUGGUGAUCCCGAAUGAGGCCGUGUCUGGCCCCACGAACACCCCCGCGGAUUUUGACACACAAUCCACCGCGUGUGUCCGGUUACACGCCAUCGGCGCGCACCCUCUACCGCCCUUCACUGCCAGGCCUGAGCGCCAUGGAAACGAGGAUAUGCGCGCACCAAUACCGACAGCAUCAUCAUCAUCAUCAUCAUCAUCAUCGUCAUCAUCAUCAUCGUCAUAAUCAUCAUCAUAAUCAGCACCAUAAUAAUAAUAAUAAUAAUAAUAAUAAUAAUAAUAAUAAUAAUAAUAACAAUAAUAAUAAUAAUAAUAAUAAUAAUAAUAAUAAUAAUAAUAAUAAUAAUAAUAAUAAUAUUAUUAGUCAGCGUCAAAGUCGACAUCAUAGUCAACGUCAACGUCACUAUCAACGUCAUCUCUCGACGCGUAUUUACGAUGAUUACGAGGAAGAGGAAGAGGAGGAGGAGGAACAAGAAUUAGAGAGUGGAACUUACAACGGAAGAUACCGACCAUAUCCUCGGCUCUCGUUACGAAGCACCUCGGGGACUUUAACUUUUGUGAAUCUUCUCGUCAAAAGGUUCCUGUGCUUUCUCGUUUGCCCGCCCUGCGGACCGCGCGGUACACCUUAACGCGAUCGAUCCUCUCCCCCGGGAUGGUCUUUUUUCUCCCCCAACCCUCCGCGAUUUUCCAUUCCGACGAAGAUUAAAUGGGAAACGAGGCAAAUGAAAAAAAAAGAAAAGAGAACAAAAGGAAAAGAAAAAGAGAAUAGAAAAAAAGAGAGAGAGAAAAAAAAGUAAUAAAUGAACGAGCGCGCGCGCCUGGAUGAACUUUGUACUUUGUCGCUCGCUGAUAAAUCGCUGUCGAAUCGUCGUCCCUUCUUUUCCUCGUCGUACCGAACGUUAAUUCUCCUUUGGAAAAUUGAUGCAAGCGUUCGUCUCUCGGUAGUAACCGAGAUCGAUUAUAGAUACUUGCGAGGACGAUAUUUAGAUAGAUCAUUAUUGCGAAAACGGGACGAACUUACUUUCGAUAAAUGCGCGAACGCUCACGAAAAUGAAUAUACGAACGAGAUCGUGCGACGAUCGUGAACGAGUUAUCAGUCAAGCGACGAUAAAUCGCUAAUCGUAAAAUUGUUUAUUAAGCGCUAAGAACUCUUAACGACGUGGUGAGUGUUUUUGAUCUUGUACGAGUAAGAAGACGUUGGUCUUUCCUCCCCUCCCUUCUCAAUAUGUUUUUACUAACAGUGGCAAAUUUUUCUAUCAAGCACAGAGCGAAGUGACGUUUCGCGUUUAUAUUGUCGAAGGCAGUCGUUUAGAUAUAUGGACGCGUGGAAGCGCGAUCUAUAAUGCGCGUCUACGGAUUACGAUCGUCAUCCAUCGUAUUCCAGUGUGCGUUGUAACAAAAAAUUUAUCGACUGCUUUCACGCGAGCGUGUGCGAGAUAAGUGUGUGUGUGUGUGUGUGUGUGUGUGUGUGAGAGAGAGAGAUUGUGUAAAAGGAUGAAUCGAAGUUUUCACCGGCGACACCGAGGUGAACGGUGAAGAUGAGUUACUGCAUGAUAUAACAUAAUAAAGUUAGACUUAAGUGAGAUAAUUACUAAUGUUAUUAAUUGUAUAGUUAUAGAAGCCGAGGAUUUUGUGGGCGCUCGAUCAAGACGACAAACGACAAUGACGACGAACGAAGACAACGACGACGAAAAGGCAAAAAAAAAAAAAAAGUAAAGUACCAAGAGGUGAAAGAUAUUAAGACGAUAGUGACAAUGACGAUUUUGACGAAGAUUUAUCAGCGAUGACGAUGAUAACGAUUGAUGAUUAUAUAUGGUUGUAAGUGAUGACCGCGCGUGGGUAUAUCGAACGAAUCGCAUUUUUACAAAUAAUAGGUUAAUUCUAUUAGAGGUCUCGAGGACGUAGGAGAUGCGGAUAGCUACGUUUUCCUUUCCUUUCGAGAUGAUACUUUGACCGUUCGAGACCUUCUUUUACGUUUCUCUCGCAUCGCCGAAUAUCUACGGAAUCUAAUCAAGAUGAUCAAAAAAUUGUUCUCGUCGUGAGCUCUGCUUUAGCGUUCACAAUUUUUACGACGGUCGAUGCGAGAUCGUCGAGAGGCGGUCGGUUGUUGCGAAGCGCCUUUAGCUUUUCUAAGAAAUUUCUAACUUAGCGAGACGACACGCACUUUCGAGUUACGGACGAACCUCCCCUUUUUUCUCCUCGUUCGUUGACCAAUACGCGAAUCGAGACCUUGUUUCGAAGCGUUAUCGAGGGCUAAUCUCAUAAUCUCCAAGAUACUCGGCGACUCGGUGGGAAACUUUGAAGAUUAAACCUUAUAAUAUUGCUCUCAUUGACGUCGGAUUAUCCCCAAGAUCGACUAUAACGGACUUACGGUCUUACCGGAGGAACGAAGAUGGAAUGAAAGAGAGAGAGAGAGAGAGAGAGAGAGAGAGAGAGAGAAAGAGAGAGGGAGGGAGAGAGAGAGAGAGAGAGAGAAAACUUUGCUAGUUUAACGAGAAAGAUUCGAUGUUAACGAGAGUUACUGCUACCACACAAUGGAUCGUAUCCUAAUUGCAAUACUUUGUUGUUAAUCGACAAAUAUUCGUUCCAUGGAAUUUUCUAUAAGAAAGAAAGAAAGAAAGAAAAUAUACGUAUCUCAAGCAUGUACUCGCACUUCUUUCUUGUUUUUUAUCUUUCUUUGAUUUUUUUUUUUUUCCUUUUUUGUUUUUGUUUUUCUUUUUUUUUCUUUUCUUUUUUUUUUUUUUUUUAUAUUUAAAACUAACACGUACGGUUAGAGAAAAAUUUGAGUUGGAAAAGAGAGGAAGGAAAAAAUAGAAAACAUAAAUACACACACUUAUAUACAUAGGUACAUAUACAUAUGUAUGUAUAUGCGUGUGAGCAUUUAUGAAAAUAUCUUUUUUUCUAUUACGAGCAGGCGGAGAUUAAACGUGACGUCAGAUGUGUAACGCGCGUAAAACUCUUUCAGUCAACGCGUCAGUGAAGUAGUGAGCUUAAAGCUUGGUAAAAACUGUUUGACAGAGAUUCGCGGCAUCUUUUGACGAGAUUAUUUGUGCAGUCGUAAAAUCGGCUUUUCCUGGAAAAUCCGAUGAUUCAAAUGCACCGGACUGGGUUACAGGCGGACUCCAGGAUUUACGUUAAGUAAUGCUCCAGCAUUUCGGCUUUUUAAAUUAUAUAAUUUUCUUGUGAAAUGCACUUGCCGUGCACAUGCCUACGCAAAAUCUCAUAUGUGAAUUCAUUUUUCAUUUAUUAUUAAGCGGAUAUAAAACUUUAAAGAGAUUUGCAAAAUAGCGAUAAUUGAAGAAUCAUUAGUAUUUUUGUUACUACCUUUUUACUUUUCUCUUUAUUUCUUUCCAUGGAACGAAUUUAACAUUUUUUAUUUUCUAUUUUUGUUACAGUGAUCGCGAAAGCAUUUAUUUAUCGAUAUAUAUAUCGCUUGAAAAAAAUGCAUAUUAUUAGUUUUAUGUCUAAGAUACACGUAGUCCUGGCGAAAUGUGAUAGGUAAUACGGUGAUGUUACUUUUUCGUAUUAUCGAUGAUAUGAUUCAUACGGCUUAUCACAUCUUACGUUUCUAUAAGCUCUUUAUCAUCAAUUUCUUUUUUCUUUUUUCAUUUUUCUUUACUUUUGGUAUCUCGAUCGAAUUACGUUCGAGACCGCUCGUCGUUUGUUGGUUCCUUAAGGAAGGAGGGGCAGGAGGGGGAGGAGCUCUGGUUAGUGCAACGAAAGACUGCUUUUUAAAACGGAUGGAAGCUUUUUAUCGCUCGUAAAGAGAGAACGAGAGAGAGAGAGAGAGAGAACGAAAAAGAGAGAGAGAGAGAGAACGAAAAAGAGAGAGAGAGAGAGAACGAGAGAGAGAGAGAGAGAGAGAGAGAGAGAGAGAGAGAGAGAGCGAAAGAGAGAGAGAAAGAGAACGAGAGAAAGAGAAAAUUAAUGAGUGAUAGUGAUUUUUUGGCGAAUGCUGCACGAUUGUGUACGGUUAUUUACGGUUAACAGGAAUUCUAAUAAUAUUAUAAUAAUAAUAUUAUUAAUUAUCUUAAUCAGUCCCACGCGAACUAAUUUUAUACGAAAACUUUCCUCUAUCUCCGUACCUUCCCUUUACCCCUCUAACUUUGACCACACUUUUCCCUCCCUUCUAUUCUCUCGACUUACUCCAUUUUUUUUUAUCCUAUUCGCUUCCUUUUUACCCAUUUUCUUAUAUAUUGUCUCCCAAAGAAUGGUAGUGAUGUUUUUUAUAUUAUAAUAAUAAUUAUUACCGCAAUUUAUUGAUUACAUUAUUAUUACUAUUAUUAUUAUUACUAUUGUUAUUAUUAUUAUUAUUAUUAUUAUUAUUAUUAUUAUUAUUAUUCUUAUUAUUAUUAUUAUUAUUAUUACGAUUAUUAUUAUUAUUCUUAUUAUUAUUAUUACGAUUAUUAUUAUUAUUACGAUUAUUAUUAUUAUUAUUCCCAUUCUUAUGGUUAUCACGAAUCAUCAUUAAAUGCGGUAUAUUAUGAUUACGAUGAUUAUAUUAUGAUUACGCUGCUAAGGUCAAAUAUACGGACAAUUCGUAAUCGGCGAGAUAUUUAAUUUCUUCGUUCACCCAGCCCAAGGCGUUAAAAUCCGACGAAUAAAAAUGACGAUCUUUCGAUAAUGGAGUAUUUAUCGAUAACGAGUUUUCUCUUUUUGUCAAGAGCCGCUUAAACUCACGCUUUCGUUACUUUUGAAAGAAAAGAAGCUCGUUAUAAAUUUGUUCCCGCGAUAUAAACAGCCGAUACACUUUAUUCGCCAUUUCCAUAUUAUCCUUCGUUCAGAUGUACAUAUCAAUGCGGCAUCCUGAAUACCGUUUAAUUUCAGCCAGAUUGUUAGCACGUACAAAUCACUUAUGCGUGCGGUCUAAUUACGUGCGGUCCAAUUAUUUGCCGAACUAGUAUCUCUAUAAGGAUUAUUUUCAUCGUCCGUAAUAUUUGUAGAAGCAUCGAAUCAUCGAAAUAUAUAUUGAAAAGGUAAUGCGGUUCGCACAUUGCCUGUUGCUAUUCGUACUAAUUGAAUUACAGAAUAUAUUAGGUAGAAUUAUAAAUAAUAACGAUAUAACUAUCCAUAAUAUAUUAUGAAUUUAUUCGUUAUCGCGUUUUGCGUUUAAGACCAUUGGUUUUAAUUAUAAUCAUUCGUGAAGGAGUCAAUCAAAGGAAAUUGAUUGAAUAUUUGACAAUUUGUUAAAGAUACGAAGUACAAGAUUUGAUAGAAAUUUGGUGUUUAUGGGAUAAAUUUAAGAUAUAUUUCGAUGAUAUACUGAAUCUCGUGUGAAAAUUUGCCGAGAGUAGUAGCUCCUUCGUUUACGGUUCCUGCUUGAUCGAAUCUGGGUGGCUUUUCGAGCUUGGUCCGGCUUAAUGGCUUACCAAUUUCCGCAUUCACACACAUAGUAUGUACCACGACGUUACGAAACUAUCCGUUUGGCCAAGAGGUAUAUCGAGAAGCAGGAAAUCGCUUUAGUCGCAACAAAAUCCACGAUCUCAAUCGGUUGAUCAAGGAUGAACGGCCGCUGAUCACCACGUCUCACUUCCGAGAACUUUACGAGAUACUUACAAGUUUUCACGAAAUCAAGGACAUUUCUUUUUCUUUCUAUCUUAUACGAACCCUUUCAUAAUAUUUUCAUCUCUUUCCUAGGCAUUUGCCAUCAAUAAGAUUUGUUUACGAGAGCAAGAACAAGUGUGUUCGUUCAUCGAUGAAAAUAAUCCUUGAAAUAAUUUAACUUUUUUUGUUUAUCGCUGAAAGACACGUGAAAAUAACGUGCCAUUACUGCGGCCUGUUUGUUCUUUAACAAAGUUUUGGGUUAUUGUAAAGUGAACAAACGGUAAUACGAUAGACGCUCGCGUGUCUCUCUUGAUUUCAAUGAUAAUUAAUUGUGCUUUCAACUCAUGAGUCGGCACAGGUAAUGGAUUAAAAGAAAUUACCAUUUUUUGUAGUGUUAUUGUUGUUAAUAAUACGUAUUAUUAAUGAUCGUUGAAUGGAUUGAAAAUGUAGAAUUGUUUUCAUUGAAAAUUAAGAUCGAAGAUACGAUAAGCGUUUACUCUUUGAGGAGGAAUUUUUUAUCGGACGGUCGUGUGUAAUUUCGCGAGACGAACGGCACAAAAAAGGACGUAUGGAGAUAGAAGGGGAGACGACGUCGAAACGAAACAAAAUCGCAAAACUUCACCAAUUCUGGAACGUUUCCAUUAACAAACCGCACGCGAUAGCGAACCCGUAGAAACUUUCUCGUGGCGGCUCAAAGCGUCCGCAGUGACCGAUUCCCACCGAUGGUUUAAUACGGAUUAGUAAGUUGACGUGAAAAGUCGGCACGUUCGCUCGUUCGACCGUUUGGGAUUAACCUUAAAUCUUGUGAGGAUUAAAAAUGACUGUGUUGCCUUUUUGCGACUUGAUCUUGACUGACGUGGACAGCUGAGAAAUAUUUUUUUAUCCGUACUCUCCUAAUGGAUGUGGAAAAUUUGUAUCUCGUAUACUCUGUUCUCUUAUCAUUUUUAUAUUGGAAGAGGUAGAAGAAAUAAGGUUCUCUCUCUGAUAAUGAGAAAAUUGAUAUUUGUAGGCUAAUGGCGCAGAAGCGAUGCAGCGUGUCGAUUAACUCCACGUCGACGUUUAAAUGUAUCCAAAGACGAGCAGAGUAUGCAAAAUCAAAGAAGAGUUGAGAUAGAGGUAGAGAUAGAGGUAGAUAGAUGGAUGGGUAGGGAGAGAGUGAGAGAGAGAGAGAGAGCGAGAGAGAGAGAGAGAGAGAGAGAAGGAGAGAAAGAGUCUACUCAAUCUACUUCCUAUGGUAAGUGCAUUACGCGUAUCGCAUAUGCAUGUGUUUCGCACGUUUAAUAUACAUAUGUUACUGUUUGAUUUCGACUAUCUUAUGAAAGCUCACAGAGUUCGAGUCGAAUAUGGUAUGACUCGAUUUUAUAGUAAAUUAUGAUUCAUGUAUGGCAAUAAAUAAGAACCGUAAGGCGAGUACUUACGUAGUUCUACGAAGGAAAUAAUAAAAUUUUUUAUAUCAAUA